GAGCAUGCAUAUCUAGGCGUUUUAAUGAGGGGCAGAUGGGAAUAUCCUCAGUGGCAUACUGUCGCCUCUGGUAUCUAAAAGCGAGGUAUCGGUAUGAUGAAUAGAGAUAUUUGCCCAAUCAACGAGUGCCAUCUUCACUUUUGGUGUCUCAUAGGUAUCUGCUCUUAUGGUUUCAUCCCGCAAUUUCCAUGCUUCGUUGCGAUGUAUUGGCUUCCCUCCCCUCCCCCCCUUCCUCUUCCCUCGGACAUCUUCCAAUGUCCCUCGGCCGCUCCAUCCCCUCAAGGCCUCAGCGAAGGUCCCGUGAUCCAAACCUCUAGCACGUGUCCAAUUACUCAACAGCCCCCCAGCCCCUCUCCCUCCGCUAUAAAGCCUACCCAGCCCUCCUCUCUCCUUCCUUUCUCCAUGGGAAAGAAGGGUCUGGAGUCGGGGAUCAACAUCUCAAGCAGUUCACUUCUAUGGAGUGUGUCGGGCAUUCAAACAGAGCUGUGUUAACGCUUGAUGUGUUCGGGGCGUUGGGAGUGCAACAACCACAUGCCUGAAAAACCAGUGGUUCAGAAAGAAGUGAAAGCUCGGUGUCAUUUGGGCUGUGGCUGGGCUGGCAAAAG